AUGUUUGCCAAGAGAAUUCAGAAAGAAAUUCAAAAACUCAUAAUUGAGCAAGAUCAAAAUCAAAAAGCUUUACAAAAUGGAAAUACAGCUCUCCGACAACAAUCGGGAAUGGGAAUUGACAUCUUCCUUCAACAACCCAUAGAUAAUCUUGAAAUCAUCUAUUGUACACUUUUCGGCGCAAAAGGAACCAUUUACGAAGGUGAAGAAUUUCUGCUCAGAUUUAAGUUUCCAAAUGAUUAUCCGCUAUCAAGUCCCGAAGUUGUUUUUAUUCCUCCAAAAACGCCAAUUCAUGAACAUGUUUAUUCAAAUGGUCAUAUUUGUCUUAAUAUUUUAUAUGAUGGUUGGUCACCAGUCAUGAACAUUCAAACGGUAUGCUUAUCAAUUCAAUCCAUGCUGAGUUCAGCAACUGAAAAAAAGAGACCCAAAGACAAUGAUUCCUAUGUCUUGACUUCCACUAAAAGCCCAAAACAAACACGAUGGUUCUUUCACGAUGACACUGUGUAA